UGGCUGUCCCCCGGUAGUCUCGCGGUGGUAGUGUCUGUGCGAGUGUCACGUUGUGGAAAGGUUGCGACGAGCGUCCUCGCUCGGGGGAUCGAGUGUGUUUAGCUUUGUUAAGCACAGGAUCUCUCGAUAAACGCUCGUACGGAUAGGAUUCGGUUCAAGAAAUGCUCACACGUGAUGGACACGCGCUGUAAAGUCUCGUCGUCUCUAGGAAGAGUAUCUUCUGAUUAACAGCGCGCGCGAUGUGCGAGGUGUCGUCGAAGGGACAGCGAAGAACGUUUCGCGAUCAGGAUCCGCCGCGAAUAUGCAACAAGAGCGCGGAGAAUCUGCUGCGGGACGAGCUCGAGUUCUCGCGCUCGACCCCGAGCUCGCCGACGGCUCUUCAACGCGCCGCCAGUCUCGAGAAAUGUUUCAGCGAGCCGGAAUUUUUCCAGAAGCAGCGCGAACUGCUCUCGAAGCACGAACAGCGGGCGAAAGAGAAGGAGAACGGCGGCGGCAGCGGCGACGGCGAUAAAGAAAGCAUCUCGCCCGUACGUGAUACGAACGAAGACGAUUCCGGAAGUGCGGCCGACGUUACCAAGAGCAGCGACGAUUUCCUGAAGGAACUCUCCGCCAAAGUGCCUUUCCCCUCCAAACAGGCGAACGAGGUGAUCACUAACGGUCUCAAGUGCGACUCGGACGACAUCGACGGUUUGACAAACGGAAAGAAGAUGGCACCGGUUCUUGGCGUACCACCUCCGCCACCGCCGGCUCCUCACAUGGGACCAGACGGCCUGAUAUUGCCGAGGAAACCGUAUAACCCUUGCCUUACCUCCUCUAAUCAUAAGGAUCUUCACAGAGAAUUACUUUUCAAUCAGAAGAUUGGCAGAAACGUCUUGAACCAAAAGAGCGAGCUACAACGUGCUCUGGAGAAACAGAGAGAAGCCGCGUCGAGAAGGGAAGCUGAGAGGCUACGAGAGGAAAAUUACAAAGACGAUCCUAGGACCGCGUUGCAGAGGGCGAUCGAGCAAAGAGCGCGACACAUUCAAUUAACACAAGAACAAUCGCAGGCGACGACGGAUCCGCCGAACAAUCCUCUAAUAACGGCGAGAGCGAAGCUGAGACCUCGCACGGAGUCCCAGUGAAGAGUCGCGGCGGAGAGGAUCGGAGCGAUCGUGCGAAUCGUGUCGCGCUUGAGAGGAAGAUUGAUCAAUCAAGAUUCAAGUCGAUCCGCUCUGGCGGCUCGUAAUUUUAUACCCGAGCGCCUUUUAUCGAUCGCAAUCACAUGUACAUAAGCAUAACCCGAUAAGAUGUUGUUGGCGCAGGGAUUAGGCGCGGCGUCGUCAUUCGGCACGUCACAGAAAGUAGUCGUAACAGACGUUUAAGAUAACAGAUAAGGAACUUGAGUACGCGGAGAGUAUUAUUUAUAAUCGCGAGAGAGAAAAAAGAAUUGGUAGAUUUACCUCGUAGUUAACACACAUAUGUGCGCGCUUUUUUAGCGCACACACCACACAUACGGUUGCGUCAACAAGCCAGGAAAAUCGAUCGGUCUGAAUUGCGUAAGUUUUUAAACGACACGUCGCGAAAAUUACACAUCGUUAUCUUUAAACGAUGUCGUUUACAGUUGCCUAGAUCAAAUAACAAACAAAAAAAAAAAAAAGGCUCGUAACUACGUCACGAUGUACAAUCAGCAAGCAACCCACGUGUCUUUGUCGCGUUUAAUAGUUAAAUCAGUGUGCCCAAUUUAGAUGACAGUUCGAAUGAUGAUAUUUACAGUUAUAUAUAUACAUAUAUAUAUAUAAUAUAUAUAUCUAUAUAUAUAUAUUUAAUAUAUAUAUAUAUACACACACAUUGAAUUAUUAUAUCGGGUAUAUGAGUGCGAUUAUUAUGUAUGUGUAAACCUCCUUGAGAACAUAUACAUCAACAUAUUUUUUCUUACGAGGAGAGAGAAAAAUUUUAUGCGCAUCUGUCUGUCGCGCGAGAGCAUGGAAGGUGCGAUAGUCGCACGCAGUUUUACAGUAUAGAACAGAUGGACAAAAAAUAGAGAGACAAUAGCGGUUAGAGGAGCAAUGCGGAAAAAUUUACUCGUAGUUUUUGGCGUCGGUCGUGUAAUUUUAGUUAGACAUCUCUGGUCUCGAUCUUAAAACGAUCUCUCAGUAUCUCUUUUUAAUUCAAAAGACAAAUGUGUCUUUUACAGUACAACUUUCCGAAACGUAUAUACAGUCGGGAUCGACCAACCUCCCAAAACGUAUACUUCCCCUUUUUCCUUUGCUCUUUAACUCACGCGUGCGCAGACACUUACUGUGCUAGCGCAGUUUUGAUUGUAAUCAUACUUUAGCGUGGUCGGACAAGCUAUGAUAGAAAGAAUAUACGUUUUGAAAGUGAGUGCGUAUACGUUUUGGGGAGUUCUACCGUAUUUCUAAAGUUGUUUUUAUUGCAUUUCUGAUUGUUCACACAUUAAAAAGUCGGUUAUGUUGUUUAACAAGUUUUUUUUUCUUCUAAUUUAACGUCACACACUCGUUUAGAAUUCAAACUCACGCGCGAGUGUGCAAAUCAAGAAAUUACGAUGCAACAUUCAGUUUCCAAUGUGCACUUCCCUCAAGUCUACGUUUUGAGUGAACCUACGUGCCCGGGCGAUAAAUUCGCGAUGCACUCGGUCGCUUUCUCUUCUCUUCCCUCGUGGACGUCACGACGAUGUCUUCCACGAUUCUCGACGUGAUUCGGGCACGUAGAAAAAACGUAUCUUGCACUUGAAGCUUUGAUCGAUCAACGGUGGCAUUACUUUCGUGUCUUCGCCGGACAAGUGGCAGACAAAUAAUGCAGAUUCCACAAAAAUAUAUAUAUAUAUAUACAACUAAUCGCGCACAACUUAUCGUUAAAAUUGUCUACCCCCGUUGCGAGUCAAUAUAACCGAAAUUUUAAUACUGUUUAUUAUUACGCAUAUGCGAAAAAUGUAUGAAAUCGCAAAAGGUGAUGUCACUGGAGGUAGAGUAGUGGAGGUAGUUUUCGGUAGAAAAACACGAAACGAUAGAUCAGGAUUUCGCGGGACCAUGUGUUUGUAGGUUUCACCGUACGGCAGAGAGAAAUGUAAUCUGCCUCGCGAGACAGUUAUUAGCGAAUCGCGUAUUUAGGUAUCGAAUUAUCGAUGUCAAUAAUAACAAUUAUUAUAUUUCACAAUACGUUUAGAGAGAAUCCUCGCGAAGAAGCGCGUAACAUCUUAGGUCUAAAAUAACAAACAAGCCGUUGAGGAGAAAGUUUUGUUGUAACUUUUUUUUUUUUUUUUUUUAAUUUAAAAACCAAUUUCACGAGAUGUUUUAUAACACACAAUUCGCGCUUAAAAGCGUGAGGAAAAAUAUAAAUUCUCACACUCAAAGAGAAGCCACAGAGAUGAAUAGGUUGUUUUGUACAAUUGUCACAUGUAUAUGCUAGGACUACGUUCCAACACUUAAUUGUUUGUAUUCAAGGACCGCAAGGACAAGGUCGAAUAAGUCGAAUUCCAAGUAUAUAUAUUUAACUCUAAGUAUUAUUUUCAUUUCAUCGUGUAAAAGAAAACGAAUAAAAGGACGUUACGAGAUGAACGAA